AGAAAUAUUUGGUGUCUGUUGUCACUGAGAAUACAACGCAGCCAGCAGAAGCAAGUGGGUAGUUUAAUGGUUUGGUGCCAUUGAAUCAGAUCAAAUUCCAAACUUUUUCAAUUUUUAAAUUCUUCCACCCUCACUCACGUUCUUUUCUGUUUUUCUUGUAUUCCAAAACCCUAACCUUCUGUCACCUUCUUCUCUUUUUGUGCUUCCUUCCAUUCCAAUUACUAAACCUAAUCAUUGGCCCUUGGAUUCGCAAUUUCGGUUCAAAAACCCGAACUUUACACGAAUUAGCUGAUACGCACUACUCAGUUGCUCCUAAUUUUAAUUCCAAUCGGUGAAAAUUGUUAAUUUCUCACUAUGAAGGAAGGUAAAUCCGCUAAGCUGAAUCAUCAACAGCAGCACCAGAAUGGUCACCUUUCACCUUCUAAAUUCGCUAAAUUGUUUGAUCCGGAAGCUUCAUGGGACAAGGAUCAAUUGGGAGACGUGUUGCACUGGAUUAGACAAGUCAUUGGCCUUGUAUGUGGAUUAAUUUGGGGUGCCAUACCUUUGGUUGGAGGAAUAUGGUUUAUCCUUUUCUUAGUGUUGUCAACUUCGUUCAUAUAUGGCUAUUAUGCAAUAAUAUUGAAGGUUGAUGAGGAAGAGUUUGGUGGCCAUGGAGCCCUCCUCCAAGAGGGGCUUUUUGCAUCUACAACCCUUUUCCUGCUUUCCUGGACUUUAGUUUACAGUUUGGCACACUUCUGAUGGUUUGGGCAUUGGAAUAUUUGCAAAUAUCUCCAACACGGCUAAGAGAUUUACUUGAUUACAUGACUGCCGGUAGUUGCACACAAAAAUGAGGAAGAUCUUUUGUAUUGCAGUUAUUUGCUUUACUUGAGUGUAGAAUGUUACUGAUUUUUGCA